AUGUCCGAGCCCGCACCCACACCCGCCAUUACCGUGACGGAGCCCGAGCGCGUCUACGAUGCGCAGCCAAACUCACUUCCCGCCAUGAACGCUCAGCAGCCACAGCCCGAGACGACGACGGACGACGUCAACAUGCGCGGAGGCGACGACGGCGGCCUCUGCCCCGGCCGAUUCUGCUUCAUCAUACCCUGCCCGAUUCCCAUCGACUGCUGCAUUUUUCCGUGCUGCUAA